AAAAAAAUGCAAUUUACAUUCAAAUCCGUUCCCUAGUUAUUAUUAUACACAGAGAGACAUAGAGAUAAUAGAUUAUACAUCAGAAAAUAAAACCGUAUCUUCUAUAAUACUUUUCAUAUAUUCAUUAUACAUUGGCAGAUUUUUAAUCUUUGUUUAUAAUUAAUAAUUAGUAUACUGCAUUCGGUGCCAUGAUAAAUCGAUUACCACUGUCGAUCAUUCUUUGAUUUACAGCCAUUAUAAUACGGUGUUGUUGAGUAGAAAGUUGUGUUUUGUUAUUCGUAAAAUGGAAGUCGUUUUGGAAGUUUAACGAUUAGCAAGGACAGGAACCGAACGGAAUUGCAACGAAUAAAAGAUACAAGAGAAAAUGUCAAGGCACCAAUGUUGUUGCUACUUGUUUAAUACAGCACAUAUAUACAUAUAGAUUUAGAAGCGGUCCGUCCACGACAAACGGUACGAACAAAGUACUGGGUCGAGUCAAACAACUUUUGUUCACUUUUGACGAACCACUCACGUCGAACCGUUUAAAAGGAUCCGCGUUGUACACAACUUGUUCGUACUACAUGAUACGUGUAUGCUUUUAUCGGUUUUUAUUUCAAACUUUUUUUUUCUUAAAAAUAUAUUCAUUUCCGACGAACACGAUUGGUUUGUUUUCAAUCCGGACUCGUGCGGUACGAUAGACGAAAGAAUUCAAAAAACUUUGCCGUCCCGCGCACGGACCGAGAACGUUCUCUCCCCCCCCUCCCCCGGCCAUCAUCGCUUGAGGGCGACGUAGUGCACCGUUUUAUCGAUUACCAGGGUCGGCGGCGGCGGCGGUGGCGGUUCAUGUGGACGAAAAUAGCCGAGUCGGCAGCGGCGGCGGCAGCGGCGGAAUCCUUGCGAACGGCUGCGGGCACGUCGUCGUAUUGCACAGCGCGCGGGCGGCGGUCGGAGCGAACGGGAAAAAAUAAAAUACAUCUAAAUCGUGAUGCGAAAUGGAGGCGCCGCUGAUGUUCGAAGUGUUGAUGUACCUCAACUCCUACUACUUCGGCAUGUUCUCCAUGUUCGAGUUCUCGGUGAUAUGCGCCAAGUCGAUCGACGACACGCAGAAGAAUCGGUUCUCGGCCAACGAGCUGGGCACCAACAUGACGGUGUUCGUGUUCCUGUGCCUGAUCGAGGUGUUCCGUACGUUUCUGUCGCGCCGCGACAACGCCGCCGACAAGGCCGUGUGCGUCGUCCUGUCGCUCAUCCUCACCGUGCCGUCCGCCGUCGGCGUGCUCUACUUCCUGCUGUGGCAGCAGCGCACCUUCCGGCUGGAAAACAUCCUGGGCUGCAUACAGCUCGUGCUCCAGGCCACCCAGGUGUUCUUCGGCAUCGUCUCGUUGUUGACGUUCAAGAGCAGCGACUCGACCACUUGAGACCGCCGCCGCCGCCGCCGCCGCCACCGCCGCCAAACGGUCAACGUUUGUUACCGACAGCGCAAACAACAAAACACACUCGGGCAUAUACAUAUAUAUAUAUUAUUUCACGUAAACA